UCACUUCCAAGCAAGUUCACUCUUUUCAGUUUCAGUCUUCAGAUUACCAAAUUCAACCACACGACACAGAUAAUACCAAUUACAGUUUCUCAGCUUUCACAGCUUCAACUACAAAUCAGUCAAAUCUACUUUUUCAAUUCUCAACCACACACACAUCCUUAUCACCUUCUUCCUCUCUCAAACACAUUCAGUCAAACACUUCACCUGCAUUGAUUGUCCUCUUGUGCACAUACAUAUAUACUUACACAGCUUCUUCUGCCCCUUCGCAUACUUCACCCCCCCCCCUGUCUGUCUGUCUAUCAUAUCUACUCCUCAUUGAUUAUAUAUGUAAUUUCAAGAUGAACGGGUAUUCCAAGAUCAAUCCUAGUGGCAACACUCCCAAGUCAAGAUCCAUAGAUUUUCCCGAUUUCUUCUCCUUCAUUGAAACCCCAAAACUGACCAGAAACGCCAGUAAAAUCACCAGAACAGAGGAGCCAAACCAGAUCGAGAAGGACAAGGCGGAGAAAUCCUCACCUGGGGGAGCAGAAGAAGAUGACGAUGGAGAAGCUGUGGGCGAGCAUCCAGAUGGAGAGAUAUUCGGCGUGGUUCUGGGUCGGAGCGCGUCGGUGUCUUCAUCGGCGACCGGGCUUCAGGGUACGAUGAAGAGGGCGUUCUCAAUGAGAAGAUCGUCGUCGGUGUCAGAGAGGUAUUGCAGGAUCCAUGACCAGUACGUGGCAUUGGGUCCGUCGAUUGGAGAGGACGGUGAAGGAGAAUCAAACGGAGGAAGAAGAUCGGUGACGAAGAAGAAGAAGAAGCAGACUGGUGGAGGAGGCAAGAUCCUGAGAGCCUGUAAGCGCCUUCUUGGAUUUUAAAUUACGUUUUGGAUUAGGUAUUGUGGAAUUUUAUUGAGAAAUUUUUGUGGAUUUUGAAGAAUAAAAAUGUCAUAAGCGUUUUUAGGGAUAAUGAACCCUCUUUUA